GUUUGAACAACGAUUCAUGAUUCUCCAAAGACCUGCAAAUGAAGACGUGGGAAGAAAAACAGAAAAGGGGUCUUGGGACAAAGAGCAACGGAUCCGAGAAGGCUGGUCCGUGCGUAGCCCUCACGCCGUUCUCUAGAAGUUCUUCAGCCAAGGCCACCGGGCUGCAGAGUGAGCUCAUAUUUGAAGAAAUCGGCCACCGCGUCAGGCGGGUGGGCAGUCAGCUGGUGAAAAAGGUGGGCGCCGUCUUCCAAUGGGACAUCGUGAAUGGCGGGACGGUGGUGGCCCAGUGGACGCUGGACCUGAAGACUGGCGCGGGCGAAGUCUACCACGGGGCUUCCCGCAGGCCCGCCAACACCGUCUUCAUCCUCUCUGACCACGACUUCAUGGAGCUCGUGCGGGGGAAGCUCAAACCACGCAAGGCCUUCCUGGUUGGCAAGGUGAAAGUGAAGGGCAGCCUUCUGCUCAGCCGUAAGCUGGAGAUGAUCCUGAAAGAUUGCAGCACGCUCUGA